CCGCAGGCGGAGGGCGCGCAGGUGCCGCUGCUGGCCGGCGGCGCCGCCGGCCCGCUCGGCCGCGAACGCGGAGGGGGCGGCUCGGAGCUGGCUGUGGCCGCCGCCGCCGCGGAGGGGGGCGGCGACGGCGGGCUGGUGCCCGCGCCGGCGCCUGGGCAGGGCGCGGCGGCGUGGCAGUUCAGGGGGCGUAGCCGGUCCUCGGACGGCUGCUGCGGGUGGUGGUGCAGCAUCGGCUCGCCCGGGCGGGCGGUGGCGCUGGCGUUCCUGAUGGGCGCCGCGCUGGCCCUCCUGGUGUACACGGACCCCCUGGCCCCGGUGCUAGGCGGCAGGCCCAGCACGCGCGGCUCCGACGCCGCCACGGGCUCCGUGGCCGCGAUCGACGAGGCCAGGGGGUUGAUGGGCUUCUCUAUCAGCUCCACCGAGCCCCGCUUGGCGGCACAGCCGGUCGCGACGACGUCGACCGCUACCACUUCGGCAACGACAGCCCUCCCGCCGACAGGCGUUAAUUCAGGAACCACACCUUCGCCGUUGACCAAUACUUCGACGUCCAUAGCUUUUCCUGAGGUUGGCCGCCUGUCGCUGUUCUGCUUCAGCCUCGUGCUGCCUGGGGUGCGCCAGGCGGCGCUCGUGAAGUGGCAGUUCGAGCACAACCUGGGCCCCUUCGCCUGCGACCGGUCGCUUGUCUACGCCACCUCGGACGCAGGCCGGCGGCUCCGGGCGGAGCUCGGCAUGGACCGCCUGCGGCCAGCAGCUGCCCGGUGCGACGACGACUGCGCCUCCGAGGGCGGGGGCCAGCUCCGCACGAAGGCCUUUGCGCUGCUCUGGCGCCAGGUCGUCCAGGAGGGCGAGUUCCGCUCCGCGGCGUGGUCUGUGAAGGUGGACCCGGACUGCGUGUUCUUCCCCGCGCGGCUCCGCAGCCUGCUGAGCGGGCCCCGGCACGCGGAGCCGGCCUCCGGCAGCGGCAUGUUUCUGCUGAGCUGCAUGCGCAGGCACGCCCUGGAGGGGCCGCUGCAGGUGCUCUCCCGCGACGCGGUGGCGCUCUACGGGCGGAGCGCCGAGCGCUGCGGGGAGCUCCAGAAGAAGCACCCGCGCAGGCCCGACGCUUACAUGCACGAGUGCCUGCUGCGCCUGGGGGCCUCGGAGAGGGAGGCCUGGAGCCUACUAUCCUCCAGCGGCUGCCUCGGGGAGGCGGGCGGCGUCAACUGCGGCGGCACGCUCGUGUCCUACCAUCCGCUCCCGACGGUUGCUGCAUACCGUGACUGCAUGAACGAAUCAAGCGAGGCGGCUCGCUUUGCGCCCCUGGGGUGAUUCCACGCCUCCGAAGUGGGACUGGAGAAGCCCCGCUGCCAUCUGCGAGCCUAGGAAGGCGCACGGCCGGCGCAUGCCCCCCCCCGCAGCUGGCCCGAGGUGUUGGCACGCUGCGGUGUGAUCGUAGACUUUUGCGGCCACGGUUCCGGGGAGGGCCAGACGCAGCCCAGCACAGACGUGCCCCGGGACAGAAAAAGUCCUCGGGGCCCACCUCGGACUGCCCCCCCCCGGCUGCGCUCGGGUGCCCACCGUGGCUGGGAACCGUGGCCGCUGCGACACCUCACCGGGGGGUACGUCGCCCGCCGGGUACGCAUGGCGUGUGGCCCUUUUCCCCACACAGCCUCGGAGGGGACUCCUCCGUGCGCGCGGCAGGCCGUCUGCACCUCCCCCCUCUCUCGUGCUGUGUCCUCGCGCUGCCGCGUCGUCCUCCGCUCGCGGUCCACGGCCUCCCACCCCUGCGUUUCGACCUCGGCCUCCCCUCCUCCUCCCCCUCCGCCUCCUCC